UCAAAGCCGCACGAGCGCACUCGCGACAGGCUGCGCGACCUCGGCGAACCCGUCAGCAUAGCAUCCUGCGAUCACACACACACACACACACACACGGAGACAGCUGAUGGAGUGUUAGUCCCGCACCGCUGCCUCUCUGUUCCUCCUCGGGAAGAUGGAGGAAAGGACGAGAUGCGCUACGUGGUGUCGUGUCGCGCGCUGCGUGUCGCUGCUUCUCCUGUGCGCUCUCCCGCGGGCGCGCGCGUCAGCCAACCUGCCACCGUGUCGAGAGGGAGACUACUACUUUGAGUACACGGAGUGUGACAGUACAGGUUCACGCUGGAGAGUGGCCAUUCCUCAUCAACAGGGCAGCUGCAGUGGCCUACCAGAGCCUGUCAGAGGCACGGACUGCACGUUCUCCUGUGAAGCAGGAAAGUUUUUGGAGAUGUCCUCUCAGCAGUGUACAGCCUGUGCAGCAGGAUCCUAUUCACUAGGUAGUGGCGUUCGUUUCGACCAAUGGGACUCCAUUCCUGCCGGAUUCAGCAGCUUAACCACCUACAUGGAGCCCGAGGGAGCCGGAGAUGAAACCCUGUCCUGUAACAAUUCCACAUGGACACCUCAGGGUACUCACUUAGAGUCAAAUCGGGACGAGUGCACGGUUUCGCUUGUGUAUGCGGUUCAUCUGAUGAAACAGGGCUCAGUCUCCUUCGACUACCAAUAUGUUGACAACAACAUCUUCUUCGAGUUCUUUAUUCAGAAUGAUCAGUGCCAGGAAAUGGACCAGUCAGCAGACCAGAAAUGGAUCAAACUCACGUCUAACGGCGAAUGGGAAACACACACGGUGACCCUGAAGUCAGGCACUAAUAUCUUGUACUGGAGGACCACAGGCAUUCUUCUGGGAGGGAAACCUGUGAAGCCUGUCCUGCUGAAAAACAUUCAGAUUGAAGGUGUAGCAUACACGUCUGAGUGUUUCCUGUGCAGACCAGGCACCUUCAGUAAAACACCAGGCUCGUCCUUCUGUGAUCUCUGUCAAAGAAACACCUACUCGAGUAAAGGAGCUAGCUCAUGCACCUCGUGCCCAGAGACCCAGUACUCCGAGGAAGGCUGGGCGGAGUGUAAGGAGAAGCCACCAUGCUCAGAGAAAGAUUACUUCCAGAUCCACACUGCCUGUGACGCCAACGGCAAAACGCAGGUGCUGUAUCGAUGGGUGGAGCCAAAGGUUUGUGUAGAGGAUGUGGCUAGAGCUGUCACUCUGCCCCCUUCAGGAGAGAAAGAGGAUUGUCCACCAUGCAAUCCAGGCUUUUAUACACACAAUUCAUCCACAUGUCUGCCCUGUCCACCUGGGACAUACUCCAACGGCACCAUAGAGUGCCAGGCAUGUCCUGCAGGAACGGAGCCCUCAUUAGGAUAUGAGUAUAAAUGGUGGAAUGUUUUACCCAACAACAUGAAGUCCUCCUGUUUCAAUGUGGGCAACUCGAAAUGUGACGACAUGAAUGGGUGGGAGGUCGCUGGGGACCACAUUCGCAGCGGAAUUGGAGGGUCUGAUAAUGAUUAUCUCAUUCUCACGCUACGAGUACCUGGAUUUAAACUUCCGACGUCUGUAGCCGGAGUCACAGCCAGCGAGUUUGGUCGAAUCACAUUUGUCUUCGAGACGAUCUGCAGUGCAGACUGUGAACUCUACUUUAUGAUGGAUGUGAACAGGAAGAGCACAAACGUGGUGGAGUCGUGGGAAGGCACCAAAAGCAGACGAGCAUACACACACAUCAUGACUAAGAACGCAUCGGUGUCUUACACGUGGGCCUUCCAACGCACCAACAAGCCUUUAGAUGUCCGUCGCUAUGUGAGCGACAUCGCGAAGAUCUACUCCAUCACCAUCACGAACGCUCUGGACGGCUCGGCCUCGUCCUGCCAUGCCUGCGCCAUGGUGAGUCAGGAGAGCGGCUCGUCCUGUAUCCCCUGCGCCGCUGGACACUUCAUAGACAAAGACACCAACCAGUGCCAGGAGUGUCCUCCAAACACCUUCCUGUCUGGACAUCACAUCUACGGACAAGAGGCCUGCCAGACGUGCGGCCCUGGCAGUAAGAGCAAUAAGGAGCACUCCUUGUGUUUCAGCGACUGCUCCUUCUCCCAUGUGGACCAGAACCGAACGUUGACCUAUGACCUCAGCGCCUUAAGCUCAGUGGGAUCCAUCAUGAAUGGACCGAGUUUCACCUCCAAGGGCACGAAAUACUAUCACCAGUUCAACGUCAGCCUGUGUGGAGCAGAGGGCAGGAAGUUGGCUGUGUGUUCGGAUAACGUCACAGAUCUGUCCAGCAAAGACAUGCAGAGCGAAUCAGCUGCCUUCAACAAUUACGUGGAGACUUUCAUCUGCCAAUCAACCAUCAUUCCAGCGGAUGGGCGGGGCUUCAGGACGGCCAUCUCCUCCCAGUCCAUCAGUCUAGCCGAUACCUUCCUCGGCGCCACAGUUGAAAGCACGCUGAAUGGAGUCAGCGUUAGACCCGACAUGUUCCCUGAAACUUCUCAAAGACUUCCAGAUAUCAACUUCUUCUAUCAUUCUCCGCAGUUGACGGCGUCCUGUGAACACGGUCGCAGUGCUGUCGUAACGCUGCGCUGUAACCCUGAGAAAGGAGAGCGUGGAGACCUCACUGUUCCAAGUAAGUGUCCUGCAGGUACGUGUGACGGCUGUACGUUUUACUUCCUGUGGGAAAGUUCAAGUGCGUGUCCCAUUUGCACUGAAGCAGACUACCACUCAAUAGAGGGAGCGUGCAAGGGAGGCAUGCAGGACAUCCUGUACGUAUGGAACGAGCCGAAGCUGUGCACGAAGGGCGUGUCACUCCCUGACAAAAGCUCCACCCCCUGUGAAGCAGUCCCACUAUGGCUGAAGGUCGGAAUAGGGGGCGGGGCAUUCAUAGCCGUCCUCCUCAUUUCUCUCACGUGCUACUUCUGGAAGAAAAACAAGAGGUUGGAGUAUAAGUAUUCACGCCUCGUGAUGUCGGCCAAUAAGGAGUGUGAGCUGCCAGCAGCAGACAGCUGCGCGCUGGCAGAAGGAGAGGGCGAGGAGAACGAGGAUGACGUCGUUUAUUCACACACUCCAUCGCUGCUGGGGAAACUGAAGGCUAUCGCGAGCAAGGGAGAAGGAACGAGCAGUGAAUCGGUACAACUGAAGUCGUCUCAGGCAGAGAGAUGGGUCUGGGGGUAGAGCGAUGGGGUCAGGAUGAGCAGAACAACAACAACAAUAACAGCAGCAACAGCAACGACAAUGACGCACUCUUCACAAAGAGAGGGAGAAUGAGAGAGAGACUUGCAGCCGGGUGCUCGGGCAUUCAGGCUCUCCCACAUCUCUUUACUCAUCUUAACCGCUUUGACUUUUUGUUUGGACGAUGUUUUGAAAUUUCUCAACUGUUUACAUAUCUUCUAAAUGCAGUGCAUAUGCAUAUACACACAUCAUAGGAUGAUUUUUCUUGCUCCCUAAUUGAGUACUGUAUAUAUUUAACUACACACAUGAUUAGACAAUAGAUUACACAAUAUAGUCAGUGGAGACCUGACUCUAACAGAAUCAUUAUUUGGCUCAGACUAAAUCACACACUUUAUUUGAAUCCACUCAGUAAAGGAUAGAAACAUUCCAGUGAGCACUAACAGUGAGCACAGCCAGUCAUCUUCAUGCCGGAACUUACAGAAUACAACCUUAUAGCUGUACACACGUGGCAACAGUGAGAAAGAGAGGCUUGUGGGGGUUUUUUUUUUUGCAUGGCCAUGUGAACGUGAGUCAAGAGAUCUGAGAUGAACCCAUGCAGCUUUACCUUAUUAAAGCCCAUUUGCUAACCCGUGCCAAGUGAAACUGCUCUGCAAAUCAGGAUGUCAUAUUUGAAGGAUUAAUGCAUUCACUAGUUGUGAGUUAAAACAAGUGUCACUGUAUCCCACAACUCCUUCAUUUCCUGAUGUCAGUUUAUCUCUGGUUAAAUAACUGAGCACUGUUGACAGUUUUUUUUUUCUUUCUCCAAAUGCGUACUUAAAAUUACAGUCGAGUGCAAAUGUUUAAAUCCCCCAUGCAGACGUGCCUACAAUGCUAACAAGAAAAUCAGAGCAAACAGAAACAAAAAAACUUGUGCCACAAAACCCUAACGUAUACUUCUGGAUGAGACAGCAAGUUUCUUUUUCAGAUUUGAGCCAAACAACAGUACGAAAACGAGGCAAAAGUUCAGGGUGGUGGCUUUUUAAUAAUAAGCAGCCCCCCCCCCCCCCCCCCCCAAUUGGCUCACGAGACCAGCGUAAAGCAAACGUAACCGCUACCAGAAGCAAAUUCAUAUCAAAUGCAUGUUUUGGGUAACCUUGAAACAUUAAAAUGAAUAUAUAUAUAUCCUUAAAACUGAAGGAAAAACCAACACAGAAAUAGUUUAAAGAGGAGUAAAAGAAUAUGUGAUGAAGAAUGAGGGUCUGGAGGAUCCAAAAGUUAAUUGGAGGACACAAACGAGUUUGGAGGUAGUUAUAAAGGUUAUAAAGUGUGGACAACUUAUUUCAGUUACAUUCAGUUAGAGGGAUGCAAACUUUUAAUCUGAUCAUUGAUUUUUUUUUUCUACCAUGAAAAUAUUAACUGAAGAAUUGGUAGCUAUACAUUGUUUAUUUGUUGCCUUGGUUUGAUUUUAAGGGGAGUGCAAACUUUUGCACUCGACUGUAUCAUGUGUAAAAACCUGUGAGAAGGUUAAUAAAACUGUUUAACUUUCAACACAAAUUGAGAAACUCAGACUAGAUGAAAACAGAGACCCCACUGUUCAGCGGAUAGAGGGAGCCAGAGGCAGGCGUACCUGUAGAACUCUCACUGUACGGAGCUAGUCUCCGCCCCUGACUACUCGAGUGCAGUGAAAACCCCUUAACUUUGUGUUACCAUGGAUACUGUUGAGGACAAGCACUGUAGCCUAGGUUUUCUAUUUCCUGUUUUGUAUUACUGUGUAUUUUGAGUUGUAAAGAGUUCUUGUUUGAAAUAUUUCUUGUACUUUCUCUUUUCCCUUAAUACUGUUCAGCUAAUGCUUUAAUAAACUUUCAGAAUGCUUUA